AUGGAUCUCUCGUCGCUCGAGGGCCCGCCGACGCUGGACGACCGCUUCACCUUCACCAUCUCUUCGCCCUCGCCUGUGUCGCCUGUGGGUGGAGGUGCGACAUGGGAACGCUCGCGAAGACAGCCAUCGAUUCCACAGCCCAUUCCACCAACGCCCAUCUCGCCGCUGAGCGAAAGCCCCAGGUCGUUUUCGCCGAGUGGCAGCCUGCCGUCGACGCUGCGGCGGCCGAAUGGUGGUGGUUCAAAUGGCUCGGACGGUGGCUACAGCAAUUACUACAACUACAACAACUACUACAAUAACAACAACAACAACAAUAGCAACAGCAACUACUACAAUGAUCGAUAUGAGUCUCCGGCGCCACCGCGGCUGCGCAGUUCACGCAGUUUCUCGACGUUGCAGGAACCAGCCAGCAUCCCGCCGCGGCCAGCGAGUGCUGGUAACCAUUCGUCGCCGUCGCCGUCGCCGCGAUUGAUCACGAAUGGCCGGUUGGUGUGGCUGGAGGAGCAGCAGAUCUGGAUUCUCAUCGAUUCUCCGUCUCCGGCGCAGCAAGGUGCAGCAAGAGCUCUGCCUCGAGCGCGGAACCCCGAUACUGUGCAUGUUGUUCAACACUCGAGCAAUCCGCUGAUCCAGUAUUACGACCCUGUCUCUCAUCAGGAUGAAAUCCUGCAAGAUGGAGCCGCCAUGCCACCUCCUUCGUACGAGAGUCAUCGCUUCUCGUUGGGCAGGCUUCAUCCGCAAAGAAUCACCAUUCCGGCACCACCUCAUCAUCAUAAUCAUCGUUCUGAUAGACCACCGCGAACCCGGACGCAAUGGGCGUCUGUCGCGGACCGACUAGGCAGGUCGCCACUUGCAUAG